AUGAUGACACUCAUUCGUCGUCGAUGCCAACGCAAACAAAACACCCCCUCAAACCAUCCAACCCACAACCGCAACAGCUGCACCACGGCAAUCUACAGCCCUACCUCGGCCACGAUCGCGUUUUCUCUUGCACCCGCCGCCGUUGCCCUGAUGGACUCCAGCAGCAAAGGGCUUCUGGCGCCAGAAGCACAUGCACACGACGACGAUGACAUGUCCGAGACGGAGGCCUGCAUCGAUCGGAGAAAUCGGCACCCGAUUCCCGCCGUGGCACCUUCAUCCUUGCCCGUGUACAUGACCAUUCACCGAGUGAGGAGAUUAGUAGCCGCCGCUGUUGUGUAUUGCCUGCUCGCCAACCGUGUCCAGUUCCUUCGUGAACAAUCCAGCACAGUUCACCAGACUGUCACCAUAGCUCGUGCCACCCUCUGCGAGCUUGCUGCCACCCUUAUCCUCCGCCGUCUACAUGAGGAGCACACCAGCGAGGAUGGCUUGCUACUCCUCUCACAUGUCCUUGUUGAGGGCUUCGAUCCUUUCCAGGGGGCUCCAGACUCCAUCCAGCUCGACACGGCUGCUCGUCAGUGGCGACUGCAGGAGCGCGAGGGUCAUGAACGGAAGCUAACCGCUUUGGAACUGGCCAUCAUCUCGGAAAGCAAGAAUUUCAUCAGCUCACCUGCCUGCCAGCGUGUUGUUAAUGCCGUGUACGAGGGCCAGGUCAUAUAUACGCCGCUGUCAGUCAUGGACAUCCUGCCAGAUCACUACCGUCACCACCCAAUCUCGCUAUACGACCCGCGGAAGGCUCCAAUAUUGAAUCACUACCGCCUCAUUGUCCCGCGCUGGCGCAACGCCGUCGAGAUGUGCCAAUUUCUGAUAUUACUGGGUCUAUAUGUCCUCACCAUGGUGUAUCGCAACGACGAGGGUACUGAGCUUUUUGAGCUCAUGUUCAGCAUCUACACGGCCGGCUGGGUACUAUCCGAGUUGGCCGCCAUUGCUGAGCACGGCUGGGAGGUUCAUUCACAAUCGCUUUGGUCUUUCCUGGAUCUUACCUUCAUCUUCAUCUACGGAGCCUAUGUCAUCGCCCGCAUCUUUGACAUAGUCGCAGGUCGCUUUCCUCUUGGCCAGGGCCUGCAUAUCCUCUGCAUCGCCGCGCCUGUGCUUCUGACAAGAUUGGCCUUUACGCUACUGCCAAACAAUAUCGUCUUCAUCAGCGUGCGCGCCGCCAUGAGCGACUUUAUGAUGCUCACCUUCCUGGCCACGUGGUGUUUCGUCGGCUUCUUGUUGGCGUUGCAGUGGCUUAUCGACAGCGAUGACAACUCCAACACUACGAUUCUCACGCCGCGCUGGUCUACCAUCGCCAAGUGGAUGCUGUGGAUCUGGUUUGGUCUAGAUGGAACCGGCUUCGAUGAGGCCGGCAACUUCCAUUCGCUGUUUGGACCUGCACUCAUGGUCGCGUUUGCUUUUCUGGGCAACACGCUAUUCCUGACUCUUACCAUUGCGGUUCUGACCAACACGUUCUCGCGAAUCAUCGCCGACGCGGCCGGGGAAGUUGCCUUUCGCCGGACCGUCUUAACAUUUGAAGGUGUCAAAAGCGACGCCAUCUUUGCCUACCCGCCACCAACGAACAUCCUCGCGCUGGUAUUGCUCCUGCCGCUCAAGCUGCUUGUGUCCCCGGCCACGUUUCACACGGUCAACGUCUCCCUCGUCCGCACCCUCAACGCGCCCGUAUUGCUACUCAUCAGCUUGUACGAGCGCCGGCGGUCCUGGAGCGGAGGAAUGCUCGGCCGCCGCCGCCGUGGCAAGAAUCCGUUCCUAAACUGGCAUUUUACAGGCUUUUCACCCUACGAUAACGUCCAGGCUGUGUUCAAAACGUCGGUGCCCGACGAGAUGGGCGACGCGAUUGAGAAGCUGGAUCCAUUGGAAAAGGCCCCUCGGACGCCGGUCGAGCCGGUUGUUGCAGAUGUUGAUACGAGGUUCCGCCGAUAA